CACUCAGUUCACUCAUCAGUGUGCUUGAGAAGCAGAGUGAGCUGAGCUGAGCAUCUUCUUGAAGAAGAAGAGAGAAAGAAAGAAAGAAGCUUCCUUUCAUUUGCCUGAGGAAGCUCAGCCCUGAUGGCGGUGUCGAGGAUGUGUGUGGUGUUUGGUUUGUUUGUGGGUCUUGUAAUGGCGGUGGGUACGGCCAGCUCGGCCAAGUUCGAGGAGCUCUUUCAGCCGGGCUGGGCCGCCGACCAUCACGUCCGUGAAGGAGAUGUCCUCAAGCUCAAGCUCGACUACUAUUCUGGAGCUGGGUUCUCAUCGAAGAGCAAGUACAUGUUCGGGAAGGUCACCAUUCAGAUAAAGCUAGUGGAGGGUGACUCUGCUGGGACCGUGACUGCUUUCUAUAUGUCAUCGGAAGGGCCGAACCACAACGAGUUCGACUUUGAGUUCCUGGGCAACACCACUGGCGAACCUUACCUGGUGCAGACCAACGUGUACGUUAAUGGGGUCGGGAACAGGGAGCAGAGGAUGAACCUGUGGUUCGACCCAACCAAGGACUUCCACUCCUACUCCCUCCUCUGGAACCAGCGCCAAGUAGUAUUCCUAGUCGAUGAGACCCCGAUUAGGGUCCACACUAACUUGGAGCACCGGGGCAUCCCCUUCCCCAAGGACCAGGCCAUGGGCGUGUACAGCUCGAUAUGGAAUGCUGACGACUGGGCCACUCAGGGUGGCCGGGUCAAGACCGACUGGACCCACGCUCCCUUUGUGGCCUCGUACCGUGGCUUCGACAUCAAUGCAUGCGAGUGCCCCGUGAGCGUGGCAGCCACCGAGAAUGCCAAGCGAUGCAUGAGCACUGGAGCCAAGCGGUACUGGUGGGACGAGCCAACCGUGUCGGAGCUGAGCCUGCACCAGAGCCACCAGCUCAUGUGGGUUCGGGCCAACCACAUGAUCUAUGACUACUGCACCGACAAAGCCCGGUUCCCCGUGACCCCGGCUGAGUGUGUGCACCACCACCACUAGAGGGGAAAGUUUCGAAGGAUUGGUAUCGUGUGUAAAUUUGAAUGAAAAAAAAAUGGUGGGGCGCAACAUGGCCUCCAUGUUGUGCUCGUUGGGUUCAUAGUUCAUGGCUUUUUGUUCUUCUCGUUACUUCUUGUAAUAUAAUAAAUGUUCCUGCUGUCCAACACUCA